AUGGCAAUCUAAGUUUUUAAAAAUGACUAUUUUGAAGGAGAAACAUUGACAUUCAAGGGGCCUGACAAGAUAGAUCUAUUGACUUAUGAAAACGGAAGAUGGAAUGAUUAAAUUGGAAGUAUAAUAGUAAUUGGGAUGGAAUCUGUUCAAAUAGUAGGAUAUUGGGUGAAAAUACUGUCAUCUAAUGAUGAAAUUACAACAAGUAUUGAACAAACCUCAGGAAUUGACAAAUCAUAGACUACUGAAAAUGAAUUAAGUGCCUCAAUGACUGCUGGGUUUUAGUUUGGUAGCGAUACUUUAGGAAGUACGACUUCGGUUAGUACUAGUGUUGGUACUGCAAUUAGAGACACUGUUUCUUAAACUUUGAGUAGUUCUAAAACACGUAAAAUUGAAGCUAAAUGUACUAACCCAAAUAAAGUAAAAAUAACUCUUUGGCAAUGGAGUAUGACUGGAAAGAAAAAUGGAGAGCUAGUAAUGGAAUUAACUGACAACGAAUUCAUCUGCAAGAAAGGAAGCACCCCACCUAAAUGUCCAGUAGGAUUUUGCGAUGAUAAAGAUCCAUAAUGCGAAACUUGCAUUCCAGGGACUUUCAAUUGA